GCGAGAGACCGAGAGAGGAGACGCGAGGAGGAGGGAGGCUGGAGGAGGGAGGGCGGGAGAGAGAAGGGGCGGGGGGAGCGGAAUGAAAAGCUCCGAAGGGUGGGGGGAAAGCAGCACAGCGAAACCCAAGUUGCCGAGCGAGCGGAGCGCUCCCGCGGCCCGGAGCCGACUGGCCGCUGCGCCCGGGAGCCCGGCCCGGCCCGGCCCCGCCCGCUGGUGGCCCUCGCCGGCCCAGGCUACCGGGCGGGGGCGGGGACGACCACCUGGGAGCGCGGCGCAACCCAGCUCCCCCGAGGGAGCCCAGCCCUGGAGCAGCGCGGCGACCGCGGCCAGACGGCUGGAGCGGAGCGCGGCAAGCGGAGGCGGCGUGAGGCUCCCGCGCCGCAGCCCCGGCCUGGGCGAGAGCGCGAGUAUUUUUCAAACGACUCAAAGUUUCCUCCCUUCGCGGCCUUCCGGGGCCCCUGGCGGCCAGGAUUGUUCUCCCGAUUCCCGCCGGGCGCCAGGGCGCGAAUUCUCCGCCCGCUUCCUCCGCGGCUCGGCCAACUUCGCGCACCCGGGGACUGAGCCGCUCGCGGGAGCCCAAGCCCAGCCCGCGCCUCCCCCCUCCCCCUCGGGAGGACCGCCGCCCCGGCUCCGCCGCCAGAGGGAGGGAGGGCACGCCGCCCCCCUCCCCUUGGGUCGGGCUGUUGAGCCCCGGGCGUCCGCCGCAGGACUAGAGACAGACAACUAGCCUGACAAGCGGAGCCCGGCCUCCCCGCCCCCGCCGCCGAGGGGCGUCCCCGGGGCGGGGAAACGACAAGUUUGUCAGUCUUCGGUGGCCUGUUGGAUCGAAGCGCCGCCGCCGCCGCCGCAGAGGGGUCCCCAUCGCCCAGCACCAGGGCGCACAGCCCUGGGGGCCCGGGGUGGCUCGGCGGCCGGGCUCCACGGGCCGGGGCACUGGCUGCUGCUUGGGGCGCGGGGAAGCACCGGGGGCUUGGCCAGCGCCCCCUGUGUCCGCUGGCGGGCAGCAGCCCCACCGGAGGAGAAGCCUGGGUCGCCGCCACCGCCGCCUCCUCAGCCUCCUGGUCUUGCCUCGCUGCCGCCGCCCUCGCCAUCGCCUCUCGAGGAAGGAGGGGGCGCAGGGGGCAUCGCGGAGCCCCGGCGGAUGCGCCCCCCGCCGCCUCUUGGGCUGCGCCGCCUCGCGGGGAUGAAGCACCGGCCGUGAAGAUGGAGGUGACCUGCCUUCUCCUCCUGGCGCUGAUCCCCUUCCACUGCCGGGGGCAGGGUGUCUACGCUCCAGCCCAGGCCCAGAUUGUGCAUGCAGGCCAGGCCUGUGUGGUGAAAGAGGACAAUAUCAGUGAGCGCGUCUACACCAUCCGGGAGGGAGACACCCUCGUGCUGCAGUGCCUCAUCACCGGGCACCCUCGGCCCCAGGUGCGGUGGACCAAGACCGCGGGCAGCGCCUCCGACAAGUUCCAGGAGACAUCGGUGUUCAACGAGACUCUGCGCAUCGAGCGCAUCGCACGCACACAGGGUGGCCGCUACUACUGCAAGGCGGAGAACGGCGUGGGCGUGCCGGCCAUCAAGUCCAUCCGUGUGGACGUGCAGUACCUGGAUGAGCCAGUGCUGACGGUGCACCAGACUGUGAGCGAUGUCCGGGGGAACUUUUACCAGGAGAAGACAGUGUUCCUGCGCUGUACUGUAAACUCCAACCCUCCUGCCCGCUUCAUCUGGAAGCGGGGCUCCGACACCCUGUCCCACAGCCAGGACAAUGGGGUGGACAUCUACGAGCCACUCUACACCCAGGGGGAGACCAAGGUCCUAAAGCUGAAGAACCUGCGGCCUCAGGACUAUGCCAGCUACACCUGCCAGGUGUCAGUACGCAACGUGUGUGGCAUCCCAGACAAGGCCAUCACCUUCCGGCUCACCAACACCACGGCACCACCAUCCCUGAAGCUGUCUGUGAACGAAACUCUAGUGGUGAACCCAGGGGAGAAUGUGACAAUUCAGUGUCUGCUGACGGGCGGUGAUCCCCUUCCCCAGCUGCAGUGGUCCCAUGGGCCAGGCCCACUGCCCCUGGGUGCUCUGGCCCAAGGUGGCACCCUCAGCAUCCCUUCAGUGCAGGCUCGGGACACUGGCUACUACAACUGCACGGCCACCAACAACGUGGGCAAUCCUGCCAAGAAGACUGUCAACCUGCUGGUGCGAUCCAUGAAGAACGCCACAUUCCAGAUCACCCCGGAUGUGAUCAAAGAGAGUGAGAAUAUCCAGCUGGGUCAGGACCUGAAGCUGUCAUGCCACGUGGAUGCAGUGCCCCAGGAGAAGGUGACAUACCAGUGGUUCAAGAACGGCAAGCCAGCUCGCAUGUCUAAGAGGCUAUUGGUGACCCGGAAUGACCCGGAGCUGCCUGCCGUCACCAGCAGCCUAGAGCUCAUUGACCUGCACUUCAGCGACUAUGGCACCUACUUGUGCGUGGCUUCUUUCCCAGGGGCACCUGUGCCUGACCUCAGUGUCGAGGUCAACAUCUCGUCAGAGACAGUGCCACCCACUAUCAGCGUGCCCAAGGGCCGGGCAGUGGUGACCGUGCGUGAGGGAUCACCCACGGAGCUGCAGUGCGAGGUGCGGGGCAAGCCCCGCCCACCGGUGCUCUGGUCCCGAGUGGACAAGGAGGCUGCGCUGCUGCCCUCGGGGCUGCCCCUAGAGGAGACCCCGGACGGGAAACUGAGGCUGGAGCGAGUAAGCCGAGACAUGAGUGGGACAUACCGCUGCCAGACGGCUCGCUAUAACGGCUUCAACGUGCGCCCCCGUGAGGCCCAGGUGCAGCUGAACGUGCAGUUCCCACCCGAGGUGGAGCCCAGUUCCCAGGACGUGCGCCAAGCGCUGGGCCGCCCGGUGCCCCUGCGAUGCUCACUGCUGCGAGGCAGCCCCCAACGCAUCGCCUCCGCUGUGUGGCGCUUCAAAGGUCAACUACUGCCACCGCCUCCUGCCAUCCCUGUCGCAGCUGAAACCCCCGACCACUCCGAGCUGCGCCUGGACGCUCUCACCCGCGACAGCAGUGGCAGCUAUGAGUGCAGCAUCUCCAAUGAUGUGGGCUCCGCUGUGUGUCUCUUCCAGGUCUCGGCCAAAGCCUACAGCCCGGAGUUUUACUUCGACACCCCCAACCCCACCCGCAGCCACAAGCUGUCCAAGAACUACUCGUACGUGCUGCAGUGGACCCAGAGGGAGCCCGAUGCUGUUGACCCCGUUCUCAACUACAGGCUCAGUGUCCGCCAGCUGAACCAGCACAAUGCCAUGGUGAAGGCCAUCCCGGUGCGGCAUGUGGAGAAGGGGCAGCUGCUAGAGUAUAUCCUGGCUGACCUCCGAGUUCCCCACAGCUAUGAGAUCCGCCUCACGCCCUACACCACCUUCGGGGCUGGGGACAUGGCCUCCCGCAUCAUCCACUACACAGAGCCCAUCAACUCUCCCAACCUUUCAGACAACACCUGCCACUUUGAGGAUGAGAAGAUCUGUGGCUACACCCAGGACUUGACAGACAACUUUGACUGGACCCGACAGAACGCCCUCACUCAGAAUCCCAAGCGCUCCCCCAACACUGGACCCCCCACUGACAUCAGUGGCACUCCUGAGGGUUACUACAUGUUCAUUGAAACAUCAAGGCCCCGGGAACUGGGGGACCGAGCUCGACUAGUGAGUCCUCUGUACAACGCCAGUGCCAAAUUCUACUGCGUCUCUUUCUUCUAUCACAUGUAUGGGAAGCACAUUGGCUCCCUCAACCUUCUGGUGCGGUCCCGGAGCAAAGGGGGUCUGGACACACAUGCCUGGUCCCUCAGCGGCAAUAAGGGCAACCUGUGGCAGCAGGCACAUGUGCCCAUCAACCCCAGUGGGCCCUUCCAGAUUAUUUUUGAGGGGGUUCGAGGUUCAGGCUACUUGGGGGACAUCGCCAUAGAUGAUGUCACAUUGAAGAAGGGAGAGUGUCCCCGGAAGCAGUUGGAUCCCAAUAAAGUGGUGGUAAUGCCGGGCAGUGGAGCCCCCCAAAAGCCCUGCCUGGAGCUCUGGGGGCUCAUGGCUACCUUCCUCCUGGUGUUGCAAAGAUGAUGAGAGCUGUGUGGCCCCCACCCGCCCCCCGGCACACCAAAGUGUCUGCACUUUACCAAAGACGGACCCCCGCCAGCCGGGGUGCCCCGGGGCAGGGCCGGCUCAUCAGGGAGGGGGCCUCCGUUGACUGCGAGGACAAGCAGAGAACAAGGACAGAGGCCUGGCUUAAGGCCCUGCAACCGUCAUGUGACACACACACACACACACACACACACACACUCACGCACUCACACCCACAGAGAUAUAUUAAAGCACAAGUUUCUAUUCGA